AUGUUUAUAAUUAUAUGUGGGUGUGGGCAUUGUCUACUAUAAAUCGAUCGAUAAAUAAAUGAAAUAUAGUAUAUCGAUUAUCAUGAUUUGUUGUAAUAUUUUGAAAUUAGUUUUAUAUAUUCCUAUUUUAAUAUAAAUAUAAAUAAUGAUAGCUUCAAAACUAUCACUUAUAUUUUAUAUUUAAAAAUUUGUUUAUAAAAUAUUAAUAAUAAUCGAAAUAAAGAAUCGACUAGUGUUUGUUACAGUGAUCCACAGUUGUCAUUUUUAUUUAAAUUGACAUUGACAAAUAUAGGCUCGUCCUUAUGUGAAAAAAUAAAUCCAUAAUACUAUCAAAACGUUUAAAAUAUACGUAAAUAUCUAGUGAUUCAACAGUGCGGUAUAAAAAACAUUUUAAAAAUAUAAAAUAAUGACAACAAAUGUCGACGAAGAACAAGCGCUUCGUGAAUGCGAGGCAUAUGUUCAAGCUCACAACAUCCAGCAAAUUCUCAAGGAUUGCAUCGUUCAGUUAUGUGUAAACCGUCCGUCGAAUCCCAUUUCAUUUCUGAAAGAACAUUUUCAAAAAUUAGAACGAGAACAAGCUUUAGACGCUAAACAACAAGCCAUGUCUCCUGAAGAUACAGAGGAUCUUUCUCCGCUACCAGCUCUUACCCAACAGCCAGUUCGACGUCGGGGAGGAAUUUCCGCAGAACCAGUUUCGGAAGAAGACGCUACGAGCUAUGUGAAAAAAGUCGUACCUAAAGAUUACAAGACCAUGGCUGCUCUUUCAAAGGCAAUUGCAAAGAAUGUUCUUUUUUCGCAUUUGGACGAAAACGAGAGAUCCGAUAUAUUCGAUGCUAUGUUUCCAGUUAACUGUCUUCCAGGUGAAUCUAUAAUACAACAAGGAGAUGAAGGGGAUAAUUUUUACGUAAUAGAUCAAGGUGAAGUGGAAGUAUACGUAAACAAUGAACUAGUAACUACAAUAAGCGAAGGAGGCAGUUUCGGUGAAUUAGCUCUGAUUUACGGUACCCCGAGAGCAGCUACGGUGAAAGCUAAAACGGACGUGAAACUUUGGGGAAUCGAUAGAGAUUCCUACAGAAGAAUCUUGAUGGGUUCGACUAUCCGUAAAAGAAAAAUGUACGAGGAAUUUUUAUCGCGCGUUUCAAUAUUAGAAAAUUUGGAUAAAUGGGAACGUCUUACCGUAGCGGACGCUUUGGAAACCGUCAGUUUUGAAGAUAAUGAAACUAUAGUGCAACAAGGAGAACGCGGCGACGAUUUUUACAUAAUAGUCGAAGGUACCGCCGUGGUUAAACAAAGCAGAAUCGACGGUGAGGAACCCACGGAAGUCGGUAGAUUAGGACCGAGCGAUUAUUUCGGGGAGAUUGCUCUGCUAUUGGACCGACCUAGGGCCGCUACGGUCGUAGCCAGCGGGCCCCUCAAAUGUGUCAAAUUAGAUAGGGCUAGAUUCGAACGAGUUUUGGGACUUUGCGCCGAUAUUUUGAAAAGAAAUAUUACUCAGUAUAACAGUUACGUUUCGUUAUCCGUUUAACGGCUACAAAGUUUUGGAUCGUGUUUGUUCGAGACCGUUUGGCAGGCUUACAAGAAAGGUGUUGAGUGAUUGCGAAAUUAGUGACUUUAUUAAAAUUUUCUGACUGUUUCGGUGGAAAUUUUUACAGUUUAAGUGUCCCUUAUAAUGUUAUAGUCGUAAAUUAAAAGUUUUAUCGAGUAAGUAUUUAGAAAUAUUUAAAAGAAAAAUGUUGGUAAUGGUGAAAAUUGAUUUUGAAUUGGUUGCUUGCAUUUUUUUCACUUUGGAAUAUAUUAAUUUUCCAUAAAAAUGAAUCACAACUUUUAAAAUAACCAAAAAACGUUUUGAUUUUUUUUUCGUUUCCAAUUUCUGACGAGUGUUUCGGAUGAAUUCUUCUUUUUUUGCAUCGUAAUCUGUCGUUGAAAUUGAUCAGCUAUUGGUUAGUUUUUUCAUUUCCUUUUAUUUUUUUUUUAUAUAUAUAUACGUGAACAUAAACAGUAUAACCUGCGAUUUUCGGGAAUUGAUAGUAUUUAAAUCACUGUUUGAAUGAAUUUUAAAUUAACCAUAAAAUUAUGUUUUUCCCUCGUCUUCGUCAGUUAAUUACAAACGUUUCUAAUCAAUUCUAGUUCAUCUUCAUGUUUAUAAAUUGUUUAUAUCGAGAUUUUUUGUCUUAUUUCAAAAUAAUUUUCGAUAUUUUUACACCAAAAAUCGUUUUAAAAACGAGAUAUUGGAAUUUAUUGAGAUUAAAAUAAUUAAAGCACCAACUAUGUUAUUAUAUAUGUCACUAAUAAUCAAAAUCUGUCAUUUCUAGUGCCAAUAAGUAUAUAAUUACAAAAAAAUGAUAUAUAGAUUUCAUUUUUUUUAGUCAAUAGUAGAUGGUUUUUCUCGGAAAUAUUGACUACAAAUUCCAAUAUGGUGCUUCCAUGAUAAAACGAAAAAAAAAUAAAAAAUCGUGUAACCAUUUGAUGGUUUCAAAAUUUCCGAGAUUAAAAUUAGGAUAUUUCAAGCAAUUGCCUGUAUAUUCAAAUGUAAUUUAAUCAAAUUAAACCUUAUUAACGGAUUCGAGGAAUUUUUUAUUAAUAUAAGGAUUGCGAGCCUGCGAAACAGUUUUGAGAUAAAGAUGCGAGCCAAAACAAACAUUCAUAUAUUAUAUUACGAAUUAAUGUUGCUUAUCAUUAACUUAUUCGCCUUUGCUUUCAUUAAAAGCUGGUACCACGAAAACGGAAUAAUUAAUCUUUAAAAAAGUUGGUACUUUUGAUGUCUUCUUGUCUGCUACAUGGAUAAUAUUUUUGUUUAUUGUAUAUAUCUUCCAUUAAAGAAAUAAUUGGUAA